GCGGUGAGCGGGCGGCGGGUUCCGUCCCGACGGGCUCCCCGGGAUCCCGAGGAGGCAGCGGAGAGCUCCGCCCGGCAUAGCGCGGCACGGCCGGUAGCGAGCGGGGAUCUCCCCUGCUCCGCCCGGGUCCCCGCCGCAAAGUUCCUCCAAGUGAUCGAUUGGCGGUGCGAGCACCUCCUCGCACUAUCGGCGACUGACGCCUCUGAUGUAAUCAAGUUACAUAAUCACCGUCUUUUUUUUUUCUUUUUUCUUUUUUUUUUUUUCCCCUCCACAAAUCCAUCCAUCCAUCUUCCUACGGGAAGAUCUGCAUAUCUUCGCCCAUCCAUUAUGCAUGAAGCCACGGGCAGCACAGAAGGGUAUAGAUCUCCGCGCACACUAUGGAACUUUGGCGCUGCGGUGCCUCGCACCGUGCAGCGCCAUCGCUACCCGUUCCCUCAGCCUUCCCCUAUCCCCUCUAUCAGAACCGAUUUUGCAGAGAACGAGCGAGGUGCGUCGCUUUAAGUCCCUUACAGGCUGAAGUGCUUCCCCUGUGCUCUCAAUCGCUCGUUCCUCUCCCUUCCUCGCUCACACCACAGCCAACAGAGGGAUGACUCCCACGCAGCCCCCAGCACAGAUGCACGAAGCACCGCAGACAGGAUCUCUGUUUGCAAAUCUGCAACUCCCAUGCACGUGGUCUGAGUUCCCGCAGGAGUCCUCCUCGCUGUCCCUCCGGUGCGAUCCGGUCACCACGCUGCGCUCCCGGCCGGAGAAGCCCCGCGUUCAGUCCCGGGGCUGCGCUCGCCACGAGUGCCGGGGACGCGGCGCCCGGCCAUCCGCCGCCGCCAGCUCCGCCGCGGGCGCAGGUAAUUCCAUACAGACUCCGGCGCCCCCCUCCCGCCCCCCCCGAGUCGCCCCUUCCUUCCUACUUCACAAAGUGCCCGCGCCGCCGGCGGGAGGUACCAUCCAGGUGCGGCGGGGGGAGGAGGGGCGGCCGGCCUGGGGGCAGCGCCGCGUCCGAGGGCCGGGGCCGGGCUGCGCGCACCGAGGACCAGGAGAGGCGGCCCGGCGGGGCUUCCUGCUGCGGGGGGCGCCGGGGGAGGGCGCUUCCCGGCUCCUCACCGCCGUGCCAACGGGGGAGGGGGAGUGGAGGGAAAAGAAAAAUCUCUAG